AUGGAGAGCAUGUCCGGGGCCCCGGUGCCCAAGGACUUCAACGCCGAGGAGGCCAUCAACAUGGAAGAGGUGCGAACAGAAUGGAGCAUCGUUCAGCACAUGCAGACGUACUGGUCGAUCCUCGAAAAGGUCAAGGGCUCGACUCUGCGCCUGACCAAGAUGGAUGACGACAUCUAUGAGCACCUCACCACCGACUUCCCCGAGUUUGAUCCCGCGGCCACCAUCGACGAAGACGAAAUGAAGAGCAAGACGGGAAAGGAGCGGUGGCGCAAGUUUAUGAUGGCCUACGACAAGACGAUUGAAGACUACAACUUUGGCACCAUGGUGCGCAACAAUCCCAAGGUCGAGUACGAGGAGGACACAACCAUUUUCGGUGAGUCUUCCUCGCAUGCAAUUUUACGCUAUUGA